UGCCAAUCAAUGGAGGUGGCUUUAGAAAAACAGUAAGGCAGCCUGUGAGGACUUUGAAUUUCAGCUUUAUUAACCUUCAGGUUUUAUAUCCUCUCAUGGUUACCAAGUUCUUCCUCAGCACUGCAGGGCACAGAGACAUCAUUUGAUUAAAUUAAACAAAGCCCGUGUUGUCCUGUGCUCCCUGACACCAGCCCAUUCUCACAGUCCUCAUUCUUCUUCACUGAGGCAGAGGAAAGGGCAAGGAAGCUGGUGAAGGGUCUGGGGUGCACAUCCCAUGAGGAGUGGUUGAAGGAGCUGGGGGUGUUUAGCCUGGAGAAAAGGAGGCUCAGGGGUGACCUUAUCACUCUCUACAGCUGCCUGGAAUGGGGCUGUAGCCAGGUGGGGGACGGCCCCUUCUCCCAGGGACCAGCGGCAGAACAAAAGGACACAGCCUCAGGCUGUGCCAGGUGCGGUUCAGGCUGGACAUCAGGAGGAGUUUCUUCAUAUGAAGAGUGAUCAGACAUUUGAAUGAGGUGCCGGUCUCACCAUCCGUGGCGGUAUUAAAGGGGAGCCUGGAGGCGGCACUCAGUGCCAUGGUCUGGUUGACACGGCGGUGUUGGAUCACAGGCUGGACUCGAUGAUCCCAGAGAUCUUGAGUUCAUUUCCAGCCGAACUGACGCCGUGGCUCUGUGCCUCCGCUCACCUUUCCCGCGCGCCGAGGCGGGAGCGGCCGGGGCCGGCCGGGCAGGGCAGGCGGGCGGCGGCCGGGCCGGGAGGGCGGCGCCGGGAGCUGUGCGGCCGGACGGAGCUCGGCGUCCCUCAGGAAGUUGUUUUAGAAGGAGAGAAUACAUCUGAAAAACAAGAUGUCUCAUGCUGGGAGUCGAUACCAAGAUAAGCAAUACCGGCACCAUGAGAACCAUAGAUCUGAUAGAUACAAGGAAGACAGAAGAGCAAGAAAAGCAUACCCAUACAAUGGAAGAGACAUCAGAGGUGGCCAGCACUCAAGGACUUCUCCUGUUUGUUCAGGCCCUUACUCUAAAACCUCAGGAGCAGCACAGGAGUAUUUUGUCCCACUACCAGAGUUUUAUCCUCCCAAGGAAAGCUUCUCAAUGAAGUGUUCAAAGGUAUGCACAACAAGAGGCAUUUUGAAGUUUGUGGAAAUCACAGUUAACCUCCUGGUGCUGAUUUGUGUGGGCGCUUCCCAAGCCUCCGUUGCAGGCUUCACGUCCCUUGGAGGCUUCGGAUCCUUUAACCUGAAUUCAGCCUACAGCCCCUUUGAGGGCACGGAGCUGCAGGAGGUGAGGGAGCUGGACAUGCAGUUCACCCAGAUGAGAGCCCCUUGCGUGUACGGCGGCGUAGCCUUCAGCUUAACAGUGGCCACACUCACCCUCGUCUUCCUCGUCGUGGGGGCAAAACCCAUCCAGCAGCUCCGGACAGGGCUCCUGGUAGGCGAAUGUGCCUUCAGCCUGCUGGCUGGCCUGGCGUACCUGGCGGCCGUGGGGCUGUACCUGCACUUGGUCAGGCAGGUGAACGCCACCGAGGUGUGCAGGAGGCGCGAGCGGCUCUACGCGCGCCGUGGCUACACCUCCAUGAACUGCGACGUCCAGGGCGGCGACGCGGCCGUCAGCCUCUUCGGGGUCGUCGCUUCCUGCCUGUAUUUUGCCAGCUUUGUGCUCUGCAUCCUUGCUAUCCGCACCGUGCGGGCCUUCCAGAGCCACGCAGCCAAGGCUCAGCACAGCCCCAAGGGCAGCGCUAGAGACAGAAGUGUCAGAAACCACCACGCUGUGCACCGGCCCUCUGAAAGCUCCCACAACGUCCAGGCUCUCGCCACGUUAGUGUGAAAUCAGCUCUGGGACUGGGCCAGAGAGCUGAAGAUUCAGCAAAAGAUGGACACUCGCAAACAGGCAGCCAGCCCACAGUGUUUUUUCCUUCAAGUGCUGAAGUGUGUAUUGAAUCACUGGUUGUAACCAUACUGCUACAACAUCAUGUAAUAAAAUCGACAUUGAGUGACUGUUUUAA